CUGUUCAUUGGAGAACAGGCGUUGACGUCGAAACGGUCCGGAAGAUGUCGGUCUGGUCAGUCCUGAAAAACUUCCGCCUUAACUUGUAAAGAAAAUAUAGUAGCUAAAAGGCAGACGACGGCGUAACCAUCUCGUUUAAAGAGUUUUACCCAAGCCUCUUGUCAGCCUGGAGCUUGCGUGGUUUUCAGAUUGUGUGUGUGUGAGUGGUUGGGUGCAUGUGUGAGUGUGUGUGAGCUGCAGUUAGCCUUCCUUCUCACCUUUUCAUCACGAGCUGUUCCUCCCUGGAGGAUGACAAUGGAGGAGAUGAAGAAUGAAGCUGAGACAAAUUCCAUGGUAUCCAUGACACUGUAUGCUGUGAUGUAUCCUGUUUUCAAUGAGCUGGAGAAGAUCAACCUAUCAGCGGCGCAAACGCUUAGAGCAGCUUUCAUAAAGGCUGAGAGGGAGAACCCAGGUCUGACUCAGGACAUCAUAAUGAAGAUUUUGGAGAAAAAGAAAGUCCAGAUCAACUUUACUGAAUCGCUGCUGCGCAUGGCGAUUGAUGAUGUGGAAGAGUUCCUGAUUGAGCGACAAGAGCCAGAGUUUCAGGACCUAAAUGCGAAAGCUCGAGCUUUGAAACACAUUCUCAGCAAAAUACCUGAUGAAAUCAAUGACAGAGUACGAUUCCUACAGACCAUCAAAGACAUAGCCAGCGCCAUAAAAGAGCUCCUGGACACAGUCAACAAUGUUAUCAAGAAAUAUCAAUACCAGAAUCGCAGAGCUCUGGAACAUCAGAAAAAGGAGUUUGUGAAGUACUCCAAAAGUUUCAGCGACACACUCCAAACAUACUUCAAAGAUGGAAGUAAGGCGAUAAACGUGUUCAUCAGUGCAAACCGGCUCAUCCACCAAACCAACCUCAUACUGCAGACCUUCAAAACCGUGGCCUAGCCCUCAGAGACCACAAGUCUCCCGUCCUCUGGGGGAGCAACCCGCUAGAAUGGUGGAAGCUUGACGAGCGCCUAACCCAUUAUUUGUAAAUUAAAGUUGAUUUUUAGGGUUGGAGUUCGAUUCCAUUCGGAUCAAGAUCCUAGAUUCCAGUUCAAGAGACUGAAAAGUGCCAUUUGUUUUUUUUUUCUUCAAUGAGGAUUUUUCCAAUCUUGAAAUGGAACAGAAUGGGCCCAAAGUCUGGUUGAUUGAUUUUAUUUGAACAGUUUUAAUUUAUAACCCUGGUCUUUUGGGAGUAGGUUGAGACGAGGUGUUUAUUAAAGACUAAUUGCCAUUUUUCUAAUAUAUUCAUGUUUGUUUUACUUUUAGCUUUACAAUCAUUACUACACAUCUGAGACUGCAUUCAGUAGGGGUGCAUUUCAGUCUGUAUUGUUUGUUCCCCCCCCCCCCCUUUGUCUUUCACCAUGGUCAGCACUUGCAGUCGAGAUAAAAGCAAAUCAAAAUUCUCACUCACUAAUAAGUGCAUUUUUGUCUGCAUUCAUCAAAUGACCACAGGUGAGAGAUGGGCGAGGACAAGAGGGGGAACCUGUGUUGGACAUUUGAGAAGCAGGCCCAGAUUUCUUUUCUCUUUUAUCCCCAGAAGACAGAAAGCCAAAAGACUUGGAGCACAGUGUGCACCUUAUCAAGUCCUGUAACAUUCCCUCCUCUGAGCGUAAUGAAGCGCAGACGGUCCCUUCUGCUGAAGGAUGUAGAGAGAAAUGAAAGUUCCUGUAUUUAAUGGAUAUGUUUGCAAAUGUUCAAUAAAUAGUUUCCAAAAAAA